AUGAUGCUGGCUGAGUCACCUGGAGUUGACAUCGACUCAAAGGAUGACUUUAGUCAAACGCCGCUCUCAUGGGCAGCUCACAACGGUCAUAUCGGUAUUGUUGCUUAUUUAUUGAGUACUUCUGGCGUCAGUGCCGAUACACCAGACGCAGAUCAUCGCACACCGCUAUCGUGGGCGGCACACAAUGGCCACGCCUCUGUAGUCAGACUGCUGGCGUCACGAUCGGACGUCAAUGCUGACAAGAAAGACAACAGCGGACAAAGUCCGCUUUCAUGGGCGGCGCGCGAGGGUCAUAUAAACGUGGUCGAGUUUCUCAUGACUCUCGACGGCGUCCAGAUCCAUGCUGCAGAUCGACGUGGAAUUACGGCGUUGAAAUGGGCGGCGUGGAAUGGGUAUGCGGACAUUGUGCUGGCCUUGGAGGCGAAGAGACAACGCGGUAGUGCCGCAAGACGAAUAUCGCUACUGAAGACCGAGUUUGAGACUACGACGGAGCAUAUAGGGGACAUAUCCGCGCCUCAUGUUCAAAGGAUAGUGUCAAGUCGCUGGGAUGCGGUGUUGUUCAAAUGA